UUCAAAAGUGGCGGGUGUGGCAGGUGGCCGGGUUGCUGGCCCCUUUGUCGCUCGGGCUGCGUCUCACGAGCCCGUGAGAGGACGCAGGUCCCGGGGCGCCGUCCCCCCUGUUCUCUUCCUUUGCUUCCCGUCCUGUGCGGACCGCAAUGAACAUGCAGGCGCAGCUUAGAUUGAUCCACAGUCAGCAUUCAACUUGGAGAGACUUUCUGGUACACUCAGCCAAAAAGGAGACACUGACAGGUGACCAUAAAAAUGCCAGAGGUUUCUCGGAUCUGUUGAUGCAACACUGGCAGAUCUUCUGCAUGCCCUGCACAGCUGCACUAAUGUGGGAGACAGACAUCCCAGCCACCACUGAGCUGAUCUUCACUGGAGAGGCAGAAAGACCCCCUUUGUUGGAAGUGAAGAGGAACUUCGAGCUGAAGACAACCCUGGUCAAGGCCUCCUCCCGACUGCCCCUUCCAGGAAGCAAACUCAAGAGGGGUCCUGACCAGAUGGAGGAUGCCUUGGAACCUGCAAAGAAACGGACACGAGGCCUGGGUGCAGUGACUAAAAUUGACACAUCCCGCCCCAGAGGAGCAGUGCCCAGCACAGUGUCACAGACACAGGGCCCUACUGCAGCUCAGAAAGGCCCUAAGAAGACAGGACCUCGUGGUUGUGCUACUGUUGCUUCAGUGCUGAAGAACCCGAAGGCCGCUCCUGCUGCUCCUGCCCAGAAGCCUGGCACAUCAGCUGCCCCAAUGGUGGCAGGGAAGAGACCUGGUAAACGUCCUGCCUGGGACUUGAAGGGCCAGCUAUGUGACCUCAAUGAAGAGCUGAAACGCUAUCGGGAGAAGACUCAGAAGUUGGACCAGGAGAACCAGGGGCUUCGGGAGCAACUCAAAGAAGCCCAAGAGCAGGCCACAGUGCUGGGGACAGAGCGGAACACCCUGGCAGGGGAGCUGGCCAGUGUUCGGACCCAGGCUGAGCAAAGCCAGCAGAAGCUAGAGACUCUGUGUGCCCGUGUGUUGGAGCUGGAGGAAUGCCUGGGUACCAAGGAGAGAUUGGUUCAGGAGCUCCAGAAAGAAAAGCUGGAGUUGCAGGAGGAACAGAAGGCACUGGCCACCCGCCUGGAGGAGCAAGAGAGGAGGUUACAGGCCUCAGAAACCGCUCUGUCAAGUAGCGAAGCAGAGGUGGUGUCUCUGCGGCAGAAGACCGCAGCCCAGGUGACCUUACUGGCUGAACAAGGAGACCGGCUACAUGGCCUGGAGAUGGAGCGCCGUCGACUCCACAACCAGUUGCAGGAACUCAAGGGCAAUAUCCGGGUAUUCUGCCGGGUGCGCCCUGUCCUUGCAGGGGAGCCUACUCCAUCCCCUGGCUUCCUCCUAUUUCCCCAUGGCCCUGCUGGACCCUCUGAUCCCCCUACCCACCUUAGCGUCUCACGGUCUGAUGAUCGACGUGCCACCCUGACUGGGGCACCAGCACCCACUACCCGCCAUGAUUUCUCCUUUGAUCGGGUAUUCCCACCAGGAAGCAAGCAGGAGGAAGUAUUUGAGGAGAUCUCCAUGCUUGUCCAGUCAGCACUGGAUGGCUACCCUGUGUGUAUCUUUGCCUAUGGACAGACAGGCAGUGGCAAGACCUUCACUAUGGAGGGUGGGCCUGGGGGAGACCCCCAACUGGAGGGGCUGAUCCCUCGGGCCCUGCGGCAUCUAUUCUCCGUGGCCCAGGAGAUGGGUGGCCAGGGCUGGACAUACAGUUUUGUGGCAAGUUACGUAGAGAUCUACAAUGAGACCGUCCGAGACCUGCUAGCCACUGGGACCCGGAAGGGGCAAGGGGGCGAGUGUGAGAUUCGUCGAGCAGGUCCAGGGAGUGAGGAGCUCACCGUCACCAAUGCACGCUAUGUCCCUGUUUCCUGUGAAAAAGAGGUGAGGAGCCGGGUGAUGGUGGCGCACGCCUUUAAUCUCAGCACUUGGGAGGCAGAGGCAGGCAGAUCACCGGAAGUUAUAUCCAUAGCUGCCCACCACCAGGCCCAGCCAGGGAUAGAAAUGUCCUUGUCUGGUGUGAGUGCCAGUGCGCUCCACAUUCUCUCCCUUUCCCUGCCCAACGGUUCGAACUACGGUUCUCUGCCGCACGCUGUCCAUUGGCUGCCCGUGGACACGUCACCGCCUCGGUACUAG